AUGUCCGCAGAAGUUGAAAAAAUUUCUACCAGCGGUUCCUCUGACCCUCAUAUGGAGAAGGGUCGGAAUGUUACUAGCUUGACCUAUGCCCUGGACGAAAAGCGGCGCGUGGCACUUGCAGAGGUCGACAACGCCAAGUUCGGAUGGUUCCAUAUCAAAGUCUCCCUUGUCGCAGGAGUCGGGUUUUUCACUGACGCAUACGAUAUCUUCGCCAUCAACAUUGCUGCGACGAUGUUGGGAUACGUCUAUGGCAAGGGUGGAAGUCUCAACUCAAAUCAGAGUUUGGGUGUCAAGGUCGCUACCCCGGUUGGCAAUGUCUUUGGUCAAUUCUUUUUCGGUUGGUUGGCAGAUCUCGUCGGUCGUAAGCGCAUGUACGGUGUUGAAUUGAUGAUCAUUAUCGUUGCGACGUUCGGUCAAGCUGUUGCAGGCCAGGCUCAUGCAGUCAACGUCCUCGGCGUCAUCAUCGCGUGGCGGUUCAUCAUGGGCGUGGGAAUAGGAGGAGAUUAUCCUUUGAGUGCAGUCAUAUCCUCUGAAUUCGCAUCGACGAUGAGCCGUGGUCGGCUUAUGACUGCUGUUUUUGCGAACCAGGGAUGGGGUCAGCUCGCGGGCUGCAUUGUAGCCUAUAUCAUCGUCGUUUCCUACAAGAGCACCUUGCUCCACGAGAAUUCCGACGAUAUGGCAUGCAUUGACCAGAUGUGGCGUAUUCUCAUUGGUCUUGGUUGCGUUCCCGGUGUGAUCGCUCUCUACUUCCGACUUACAAUCCCGGAGACUCCCCGUUUCACAAUGGAUGUUGAGCGCAAUGUCAAGCAAGCUGCUCAGGAUGUCGACAACUUCCUUACUACUGGUUCAUACUACGUGGACCCUGAUGCUGUCGUUCAGCGUGUGCAAGCGCCCAAGGCGACAUGGAGUGACUUCCGCCAGUACUACUCAAAGUGGGAGAACUUCAAGCUCCUUCUCGGUUGUGCUUACUCGUGGUUCGCUCUGGAUAUUGCCUUCUACGGCCUUGGUCUUAACUCGUCGAUCAUUCUCACUGCCAUAGGUUUCGGUUCACCCAGCGCCGAUCUCACCGGCACGCUCAAAGUGUACACAAAUCUCAAAAACGUUUGCAUCGGCAACAUCAUUCUCUCCGUCGCAGGCUACAUUCCCGGUUACUGGGCGUCGUUCUUCGUCAUCGACAAGUGGGGCCGCAAACCGCUUCAGCUCAUGGGCUUCAUCAUGCUCACGAUUUUGUUCAUCAUCAUGGGCUUUGGCUACGAUGCGCUCAACAAGACACCUGCGGCGCGCAAGGCAUUCGUGUUCCUCUACUGUCUCGCGUACUUCUUCGAAAACUUUGGCCCCAACGUCACGACGUUCGUUAUUCCUGGGGAGGCGUUCCCCACUCGUUAUCGUUCGACGAGUCACGGUAUCGCUGCGGCAAGCGGCAAGGUUGGUGCAGUCGUCUCCCAAGUCGGCUUUGCCCAGCUCUCGAAUAUUGGUGGUACCAACAAGUUCUUGGGUCACAUCCUGGAGAUCUUGGCCUUCUUUAUGUUGACAGGCUGUUUCUCGACUCUCCUCAUCAAAGAGACGAAGCAGCAGACAUUGGAAGAACUCUCGAACGAGACGCAAGAAGGAUUUAUCGACGGCGUUGUGCCUAUCGGGGAUGCGGUAGCAUAG